GACGGGGAUACGUGACUGAAGUACAAUACGUGAGCAAAAACAACAAUUUACACCUGAUCGUGACUGAAAUGGUCCUCACACGGCAAGGAAGACAAGUUAGUAAUUCGGCUUUGCCAUUUCUGCCUUUGUUUCUUCGGGCUGCAGUCGUAAAAGGAAUGAGGAGGGGUGGAAAAGAGUUGGGUAUUCCUACAGCAAACUUCCCUACAAGUGUGGUGGAUAAUUUACCAGAGACAAUAAGUACUGGAAUAUACUAUGGUUGGGCAAGUGUUGAUAGAGGACCUGUGUAUAAGAUGGUGAUGAGUAUAGGCUGGAAUCCAUUUUACAACAACACCAAAAAAUCAAUGGAGACUCAUAUAAUUCAUACUUUUGAAAGUGAUUUCUAUGGAUCAGAGCUUAGUGUGGUUAUCCUUGGAUUUAUUCGACCAGAAAGAAAUUAUCCUUCAUUAGAAUCUCUCAUAGAAGCCAUUCAUUCAGAUAUAAAGGAGGCUGAACAAGCUCUUGAAAAGACUGAAAACAAAGAGUAUGCAUCACAUAGCUUUUUCAACAAAACAGAUGAUUGUACAUAGCUCAUAAACUUCAUUUACCAAGAGUAGUUUUAGGCCAUAUGACCAAGUGGUGUAGCUAGCGAGCAUGGCCGCUGUACAAAGGGGAAGGAAGGGAUAGUGUACAUAAGGGUUAAAUGCAGUUCCAGUUGCUAAAUGUGUUAUGGUUCUUCCCCCUCCCCCUCCCCUCCCCUCCCCCCCCAACACACAUUGGCUUCUAUCCCCUAUGAAAUAUAUCGGCCAUGUAGCCUAGUUUUGAACAUAUAUGCAAACGUUUUUAAUUUAUGCUUGAACAAUAACACUAAAAUAUUAUACAUAAACCUGAGAAUGUUUUGGGUUGCAUUGAUGAGAAAAGAAUGGAAACUUAUCAUGCACAAGUACGCUGUGCACUUGAUAAGGUUCAUCCAAUGAUUGAGGGUCGAGGAAAAAAUAUAUCGAUAAAUUGAAUUCUUAUACUGUUGUUCAAAACUUUAGCCAUCUACAAAAUAGAACUGAGCUCAAAAAAUGUUGUAUUAUAAUCUUGAGAUGUACCAAGUAGUAGUUACCAUUAUUAUUUUGGUGCACAAUAUGUAUUAGGAAAAAAUAUUAUGUGUUUAACUAUGUGACCAGUUCAGCCCAUUUAAAACGGGAUUAAUUAACGAUGGAUUUUCUUCAUCUUGACAGUUUGUUCAGGGCCUGUCUGUCUGCCUGUUUGGCUAAAACAGAGUGUUUAAGUUACCAUAACAAAGAAUUAAGCGAAACCUUUUAUUAGUUAAAUUAAUUAAAUUAUCUCAUCAAUCAAGGAUAUAUUUAUAGUUCAACUUCAAUCAAUUGGAAGUUUCAAACCUUAUCCUAGUGGUUUUUGUUCUCAAGGAAAUAAAGAAUUGGGCUGUUUCUAUUUGUGAAAUGAAUAUAUAAAUAAAAAAACCUGAUUUGAUUA